UGAAAACGCAUCCUCAGUCACAGCAGAGAGAGACUGUCGUUGCAUCCAUCUCUAACAUACUUAUUUUCUUUCCAGUUGUUUCUUCUCUCGGCACAUCAAACAUGGGCAAGCUAAUUCUCACUGCAGGUCUCUGUUUACUCAUGACCAGCAUGGCUUCUUCCUACAAACUGGUGUGUUACUACACCAGCUGGUCCAAUUAUAGGACCGGGGAAGGGAAGUUGACGCCUUCAGAUGUUGAUCCAUUCCAGUGUACCCAUCUGAUCUUCGCCUUUGCUUCCAUUAAUUAUGACAAUGAGCUGAUUCCCGGUGACCAAAGAGACAUAGAAAGCUACAAAACAUUCAAUGGACUGAAAGAUAGAAAUCCAGAUCUCAAAACUCUUUUGGCAGUUGGUGGCCAGACAUUCUGCAAAUCACAAUUCAGGAGCAUGGCAUCAACAAAAGCCAAGAGAGAUAGGUUCAUCAAGUCUUCUAUCCAACUACUGAGGAAUUAUGGUUUUGAUGGGAUAAACUUGGAUUGGCAAUUCCCUACAAAUUCAAGGAGAAAAUUCACAUGGCUGUGCAAGGAACUGCUAAGGGCCUUCAGUAAGGAGGCAGAGGAAACUGGCAGUCCCAGAUUACUGGUCACUUCCGCAGUGUCUGCUUCCAAAGGAAUCAUCGAUGAGAGUUACGAAAUGGCCAAGAUUGCCAACUACCUGGAUUUCUUGAAUGUGAUGACAUAUAAUUUUCAUGGCUUUUGGGACAGUGUCACGGGACAUCACAGCCCUUUAGACCAGAGAACCGCCGACGAUCAAUUAAAUACUGCCUUUGCAAUGAAGUACUGGCAAGACCAGGGGGUUCCUGCUGAAAAGCUGAUUUUGGGACUUGCUGCAUUUGGGCGAACCUUUACCCUGUCAACUACAUCCAGUGGGGUUGGAGCUCCAAUCAGUAAUGUUGGUAAAGCAGGCCCUUACACCAUGGAGGCAGGAUCAUUGUCCUAUUAUGAGGUUUGUCUUGCUCUUGAAGGAAAACAAAUUGAGUGGAUUACAGACCAGAAAGUUCCAUAUGGCGUUGCAGGAGAUCAGUGGAUUGGAUUUGACAACAAAGAAAGCAUUGAUGCCAAGGUCAAGCACGUAAAAGACAAUAACCUUGGAGGAGUCUUUGUCUGGUCUCUAGACCACGAUGAUUUUAAUGGUAAUUUCUGUAAACAGGGAAAAUACCCCCUUGUCAGCCACCUGCGUAGUAUUCUGGUGCCCGGAACGUCUGCCGACUUCUGCAAAGGAAAGAAUGAUGGGAAUUAUCCCAUCCCAAAUGACCCUUACUCUUUUUACCAAUGUUCCAACGGAGUUUCCUAUACCCAGAAGUGUCAGGGUACCUUAGUCUACAAUCCUUCGUGCGACUGCUGUAACUGGCCACAAGUGGGUGUGCAUCCUUAAUCUUACUAUGUAUGCGGGCUAAUAUAUAUUCAUUAACACAAAGGUCGAAAUAUACUUUGCAUUAUACAUUGUGUGGGUUUUUCACUUUACUUCACCAUUUAGAAAUAUUAUCUCUGAUGUGAAGGUCUUGUUAUGAAAAGAAGUCUAGCUGUUACCUACUUGGAGGCAUUUAGUGCAGCAUAAAUUACGGGGAAAUGGUGACGUCAUUAUUGACAUUAUUAUUAUUGACAAGCAUGAAAUUAAAAUCACUCAUUUAAAAAAAU